AUGGUUGUCCCGGACAAUAGUGAAUUUGAUUUCAUCAUCGUUGGUGGUGGCACCGCCGGCAACCUUGUCGCUGGCCGCUUGGCGGAGUGUCCCAAUGCCAGAAUUCUAGUUGUCGAAGCCGGUGUUGCCAACGCCAAAGACAUUGAAGAAAUCAGAACGCCCUGCGAGGCUAUGAACCUCCGCAACAGCAAGUACGACUGGGCUUACAAGACCACCAUGGUCAAGCGAGACGAUUAUGAGCGUAUCGAGAAGCCCAAUACCCGCGGGAAGGCUCUUGGUGGUAGUUCAUCUCUGAACUAUUUUAGCUGGGUCCCUGGGUCCAAAGGCACAUAUGAUAUGUGGGAGGAGUUUGGAGGGAAAGAGUGGACUUGGGAUCCUCUUCUCCCGUAUCUGCGGAAGAGCGCCACUUAUCACGACGAUGAAAAAGCGUAUUCAGAGGAUCUGAAGAAGAUUGGCACAUCUGGACCAAUUCCUAUCGCUCACUCCGCCCUCAUCCCUGAGAUGCAGCCUUUCCGUGAUCUUCUUACCCAGGCGUGGAAGUCCACCGGUCAGCCGGUCACGGAGAACGUCUUCGAUGGUCAAUUGAAUGGUCUCGCGUACAGUGUGAAUUCGAUUUAUCAGGGCCGACGGUCGGGAAGUUUCCUUUGUGUUGCUGACAAGCCCAAUAUCACCAUCCUAGGCGAGGCUCAUUCGAAAAACCUCAUUAUCGACGAAGGUCACACAUGUAAGGGCGUGGUUGUGAUCCUUCCUUCUGGACAGGAACUGAAACUAUAUGCCACUCGUGAAGUCAUCGUCGCGGAGGGUGUCUUUGAGAGUCCCAAACUGUUGAUGCUCAGCGGCAUUGGACCUGCAGCAGAGUUGAAGAAGCACAAUAUUCCUGUGAUCGUUGACUCGCGCCAUGUCGGUCAACACCUCUUGGAUCACCCGGGUGUUCCCUUCGUUCUUCGCGUCAAGGAUGGCUACGGCAUGGAUGAUUAUGUCCUUCAUAAGGGAACGCCGCAUCACAAAAAAGCUCUCCAGGCUUAUCACGACGGCAGCUAUGGGGGCCCAAUGGGAUCUGGGUUCCUCGAGUUGAUUGGAUUCCCUCGCAUCGACAAGUACUUAGAAAAAUGCCCUGAGUACCGGGAAGCAAAGGCGGCAAAUGGAAACAAGGAUCCAUUCUGCCCCUACGACCAGCCCCAUUUCGAACUCGACUUCGUCUGUCUCUUUGGUAGUGCGUUCCAGUGGCACUACCCAACUCCAAAUAAGGGAAACUACGUCACUGUGAUGGUCGAUCUAGUUCGCCCUGUGUCCGAGCCUGGAGAGGUGACCCUCCACAGUGCCGACCCGCUUCAGCAAGCGAAUAUCAACUUGAAUUACUUCAACAAUGAUCUUGAUAUCAUCGCUGUCCGCGAGGGUAUUAGAUUUAGCUACGAUGUCCUUAAAAAUGGAGAUGGAUUCAAGGAUAUCAUCGUGGAUGAGUAUCCCUGGGAGAUGCCACUUCACGACGACGAUCUGAUGAAGAGGACUGUCUUGGAUCGUUGCCAGACUUCGUUCCACCCAUGUGGAACUACACGAUUAUCCAAGAAUAUCCAGCAGGGUGUGGUGGACCCCAAUCUUAAGGUUCAUGGAAUUAAGAACCUGCGGGUUAUUGAUGCUUCCGUGAUUCCUGUGAUCCCCGACUGUCGAAUCCAGAAUUCCGUUUACAUGGUAGCCGAGAAAGGCGCCGAUGCUAUCAAGCGCGAUCAUGCAGACUUAUAUGAAUAG